AUGGCAAAAAAGUUCGGAAAGGACAAGCAGGGCAAGGAACAUGAGUAUAAAGACAAGCACGGGGGCGGCGACGACGACGACGAUGACGACGCCAAUUCUCUUGAUAGCUAUGAGGAGGACAACAGCUACGACCCUACCGUCAUUAGCGAGGAAGACGUCAAGUGGGCCGAAACACUCCACGUCCUUGCGUUCAACCCGGAUUCAGAGCAAGCUUGCAAGUCCUUUGUCAGCGGGCCGGGCACUUAUGACGACGUUGGAUUCGUCAACGUCGAAGACGGCGACGAUCCAAACGUCGUCGGGCUCGAUCUUGCAGAGCUAUGUUGCUACGAUAACUGGGACCGCCCCGGGGAGCCCAUUUUCCCGUUCCACUGGUGCUGCUACGAGAUGCUGGCCAAAUGCCUCACGGGUUCCUUUGGCGACGGUAAGCUGGACAAAGACUUGUUGUUCAGCAUCAUGCGGGAGCUGUCGCCCAGCGCCGGGUACGCGUUAAGUAAAUUCGAUUAUGGCGUCGUAAACAAAAUGCUGGAUCAGUCCUGGAACGCAGUGCCGGGUUUUGAGUUCGUCGUGAGCCACCCACUGAACGUGCCCGGCGCGAGUGAGGUCGUCCUGUCCAUGUUCGGGACGGACGCCUUCAAGCCGGUGUUGGUGCGGACUGACCUCGGGAACCGCGUCCAGCAUGACCAAUUUGCCAAGAUACCAUACGAUGUACUGUACAGGAUCUCCGGCUUUAUCUCGGACGAGGAUCUUAUCAACUUGGCAAAGGCGUCAUGGCCGGUUCACGCGCUUUUGCGGAACAACAACCAGUUCUGGCGGCAGCGGCUCAGGGAUUCUUUCUUUCCUUGGUACUUCGAGCUUCGGGAGCUGCUUGAACGGGAUGAAGCCCUUCUGCGGGAAAACGACGCUCAGCGUAUCUUGCAAUGGGCGGAAAAGACGACGCGUCCUGAGAGGUGGCUAACCGGACCGCUUAUGGGUGUAGCCAACCGUCGGCGCAUCUGGUCGCUGUGCGAGCAGUUUGGAAGGAUCUACUGGCCGCGCAAGGAAGACGACCUUAACCCGACCAUGAGCGAUGCCGAGAAAUUGAUCCGGAAGUACUCCAAGUGUGGGCCCCUCGUGACCGUCUCGGCGCCGGAGGCGAUCAAGACUUACACCGUUCGCAAGGUUUACUGGGCAAAAACUUGGUCAGAGAUCCAGGACACCACGAAGACGCUGGAGAGCUUCUGGGACAGCGAUGGCUCACUUGUGGGCCUCUCACUGACGCCUGAUGGUGAAGAGAGACGGCUGCUCGGGAGAGCUGGCUCGGAUGAUGGGACUGUGAGGCACUCUAAGAGUCUAGCUGUCGAGGAGUGGAUCACAGACAUCAUUGUUCACAUACCCGUCCCCGUUCACCUUAAAGACCUCCAGGCGAUGACUUCUCCGAAAGGCCUUACGAUGAUCCUGAACUCCGGUAAAAGGCUAGAGAUGGGCGAGACGACACAAAGUCACAUGCAGCGCUUCCUCUCAGCCGCCCCUGAGUGGGUUAUCACAGGCAUAACAGGCACGACUGGAGACGUCAUGGGCAAGCUGCAGUUGACACAGCUCGGCCUCGUACAAGCUCAGCAACCUGACGUUGCGGACUUCUCGGUGAUGCCGUACCGCACUCGGCUCCCUUUCAGGCUCCUCCAAGAAUUCUUAUGGGAGGAAGAGUAUUCGCACAUACUAGGCCAAAGCAUCCGGGAACACCCCGGGCUCCGGCUGGUAGGGGGUGGUUUGCUGAAGUCUCAGGGUUACCUGCACCGCGACUUGAUAAUGCAUGGCGCACUGAUCUGGGCAAAGGACGUGGGUGAGCUUCGGGCGCUGAGGCGGCUUUCCGCCUGCAUCGUGUUUGGCGGCAAGGCGAUGGACCGUAGCGAGGGUGGUGCCCCAUUGCCGCGUGACAUCCACCACCUAUGUGGGAUAAGUGCUGAGUACGAGCCGGCGUCAGGCUUGGCACGCCGGACGAUCGGAUUGGAAGGCGCUGUGCCCAGAGCAGGGUUGAAGUAUGCCGACCGUUAUGAGCACUUCGAUAUCGAUGGACCUGGGGGCGAGGUGGUGACAGAGGUGGAGUUUUCCCUGUCCAUCCAUCCAAGGGCAAUCAAGAUCCAUACCAACCGAGGUCGGACUUUCUACGGGGGUGAAGCGGGCUAUCAGCACUGGGGGAGCAUAAAGAAAGGCCUGGGGUACCGGAAGAGCAGCUUGCGGGUGCCGGAUGGGGAGACACUUGUGGGGGUCGUCAUGGCGUUUAAGGACCCUGACUUCUACGGAAGUGAUGGGGACGAGGCUGUGACGCAUUACAAGAUGAGCGCGGUGGCUGGCCUGUCGAUGCGGCUUGAGGCAUCGGACGAGUUGACACCAGUGAAAGAGUUCGUUGGUGCAAAGGACAGAAAAGUAUCGACUACUCCUUUAUACCUCGAGAUCCACCAGACGGCUGCUGGACGCUGGACGCUGGACGACGGACGACGGACAACGCUUCUCACCAUGUCGACCUUUGGCGAACACUUCAGGGUCACCACCUAUGGUGAAUCCCACUGCCGCUCCGUCGGCUGCAUCGUCGACGGCUGCCCGCCCGGCAUGGCCCUGACCGAAGCCGACAUCCAGCCGCAGAUGACACGCCGCCGCCCCGGCCAGUCGGCCAUCACCACGCCGCGAAACGAGAAGGACCGCGUCGAGAUCCAGUCGGGCACCGAGUUCGGCAUCACCCUCGGCACCCCGAUCGGCCUGCGCGUGCUCAACGAGGACCAGCGCCCCAAGGACUACGGCAACGCCACCAUCGACAAGUACCCGCGGCCCUCGCACGCCGACUGGACAUACCUCGAGAAGUACGGCGUCAAGGCCUCGUCCGGCGGCGGCAGGAGCAGCGCCCGCGAGACCAUCGGCCGCGUCGCCGCCGGCUCCAUCGCCGAGAAGUACCUGCGCCUGGCCUACGGCGUCGAGAUCGUCGCCUUCGUCACCAGCGUCGGCGCCGUCCACCUCUUCCCCCCCUCCGCCGAGCACCCCAGCCCCAGCACCAACCCCGACUACCUGCGCCUGCUGAGCGACAUCGACCGCAAGACCGUCGACGAGUUCCUGCCCGUGCGCUGCCCCGACGAGGCCGUCUCGCGCCGCAUGGAGGACUACAUCGCCGAGUUCCGCGACCGCAACGACAGCAUCGGCGGCACCGUGACCUGCGUCAUCAAGAACGUGCCCUCGGGGCUGGGCGAGCCCUGCUUCGACAAGAUGGAGGCCCUGCUGGCCCACGCCAUGCUGUCCAUCCCCGCCACCAAGGGCUUCGAGAUCGGCUCCGGCUUCGGCGGCUGCGAGGUGCCCGGCUCCAUCCACAACGACCCCUUCAUCCCCGCCGAGACCGCCCAGCGCCUCGAGACCGGCGCCGACAGGGCCGGCCUGCCCCGCCCCAAGCUGACCACCAAGACAAACUACAGCGGUGGCAUCCAGGGCGGCAUCACCAACGGCGCGCCCAUCUACUUCCGCGUCGGCUUCAAGCCCCCUGCCACCAUCGGCCAGGAGCAGACCACCGCUACCUACGACGGCACCGGCGAGGGCGUCCUGGCCGCCAAGGGCCGCCACGACCCAUGUGUUGUGCCGCGCGCCGUGCCUAUCGUGGAGGCCAUGGCCGCCUUGGUGGUGAUGGAUACGGUACUGGCACAGCAGUCGAGGAAUUUGGCGCGGAGUCUACUGCCGCCACUCAAUGCGGAGAACAAGGCCGAGGAGAACGGCAAGGCCGCAUAG